CACAGUGAGACUUGUUUCAUUUAUGAAGGAUGACGACCUUGAAGACUAUGAAGAUGUAAAUGAAAUCUUACCUAGCCAACCCCGUCCACUGACCUCAAAGGUGGAUCAAACACAAGAGCCAUCGGGAUUGGCAAUCAAGAAAAAAGCCCUGCUACCUCCCAAAAAGGAACAUCGGCACGCUAAAGCACCUCUUCCAAAUCCAAAACCACAGAAUGGUACUGGAUGUAAGCUGUCCGUUAAAGCAGAUUGUCUGGCGGGGAAGAUGGCGGCAUUGCCAAAACAGAAGCCAAACCUCGGACCAGCAGCAAGAAAUGACAGUAGAGUCAUCAUCCCUGGGCCUGGAUAUUUGCAAAGCGACGACGAGAGCAUCAUCAGUCGCCCGGGAAGUUUGAGUAGCAAUGAGAAUGGUCAUCAUAUACACGGACGGGAACAUCCUUUGCCUAGCUAUGAUCUACCAUAUCAGGUUCUGGAAAGGAUGUCUGUCUCUGGAAGCAAUAAAGCAAAUGGAAAAAUCCGACCCCCAAUGCCACCCCCGAAACAUACCAAACCAACGGCACAAGUAAUACCACAACCGACGGCCGGGGAGGAUAUAUAUAUAGAUGCUAAUGAGUACCCCCUUGAUCAGGAUGGAAGAGAGCUUGAGGCAAACUGUGAUACCAAAGAGAAAGUCAGAACUAUCCGCAGAAGAGACGGAUCGGUAUCAUCGUUCGAAGUGGAGAAGAACGUGAAGAUUCCUAGCCGGGAGUUUAAGGUUGGAGAUGUUUGCCUAACUGACAAAGAUGGAGCAGUCGUGUAA